GCAAGACGUUCUCAACUCUAUCUUUUCUGGUCUUUCCCACGACCAACAUCCUCCACCAUUUUCCCCGAGGUUGUAACUCCGGAGAGAGAGAGAGAUGAUUCCGGUUCAUUACAAUCCUCCGGCGACAAUCUCCGCCGUUAGGUUUAUGGGCCUGUGUCCGAUCUCACAAAGGAACUCUCAGAAACUCUGUCGAUCUCUGGGAUCUAACCCCAUCGUCAUAAAGAGAAGCUUCUUCUUUAGAGAGACGACGGAGUACGUCAGAGGAGGAGAGAUUGUGUGCGGCGCAGGAGGUCUGCUUCCGGUGGACCCGUGGGCUCCGACCGUCGAUUCGCAAAGCAUUGCAUCUCAGCUCUUCGCGGUAUCUCUGUUCCCAUACAUCGGGUUCCUCUACUUCAUCACCAAAUCCAAAUCCGCGCCUAAAUGGACACUUUUUGGUUUCUAUUUCUUGCUUGCCUUCGUCGGAGCCACAAUUCCGGCUGGGAUUUACGCAAAGGUCCACUACGGAACUUCGUUGUCAAACGUUGAUUGGUUACACGGUGGGGCGGAAUCACUUCUCACUCUCACCAACUUGUUCAUAGUGUUGGGGCUCCGACAAGCUUUGAGGAAGUCCGAAGAUCCGCAACUCCCAGACGAAGCUCCCACAGUCCAGGAACAGGAAAAGUCUUCACUCUCGUAGAUAGAUUAUGUUUCUCGGCUUAAUUACAUCAUCAACUGCAUAAUUUAUUCAAAAACAAUCUUUCAAUUUAAAUUUGUCGUAAAAAAAUAUCAA